CAAAAAUGUGUUACAAUAAUCAGGCCUAAAGCGCAUUCAUGUGGGGUAACCUGCCCACGGACAUGCUGCGCAAGCAGAUAGCCCCAGGCUCCCACGCAGGGAUUGCUGCUCGCGGGACACCCGCACUGAAUUUUACAAGUAACUUACUAAGUGCUGUGGGGUUUAUGCGGUCACCUACGUUGGCCUUCCGCGACGACGCCUACACAACCACCUCGGCGUCUUCGGUCGCGACGCCGGUCAGGCCGUUAAGUAGUCGUUCGGACACUGCAGAACACCUUGGAAGCUCACGCCACAGAAACGCUGAUAAAGCGGCGGCUGGCUUCGGGAGUGGCUCAAAACGGCCAUGGCGCAUUUCAGACGCACCGCGCGACAAGCUUGGCAGCGUCUUCGGCUGGCGCACGUGCUACGAAAGGAUAAACCAUUAUGCCGCUGCGGGCGUCAUUCCGUUCGCCUACAACAAUAAGGAGCGGGAGCUGUAUGUGCUCAUGUCCAUUCAGCGCGAGAGCAAGGGGAAGAUCAAGGACGGCCUCGUGUACACCUUGCUGGGCGGCAAGGUAGCUAACUCCGAUUGCAACGAUGCCCGUCGUACGGCCGCUCGAGAAGCGUACGAGGAGACACACCGGCUGCUGCGGCUGCCGGAGGUGCUUAGUGUGCUGGGCGGCGCAGCACAGGCGUACGGCGAAACCCUAACCGCCGCCUCAGCCCUCGCGCCUUCCUCGCCCACAGCCUCAACCUCUUCUCCACAACGCCAAGAUGCGAAAGGAGUGCAGCCAGCUGGUUGUCGCGGCGAGGAGGCUGAUGCCGCCGUGAGGGGGCCUGGCAACAGCCUGGCGCAGGCGUCAAGCACUGACAGCAGUAGCAGGAGCAGUAGAAGCGGAGCCGUUGGGUAUGUCAGCAGGGAGGGUGGCAGUGCUAGCAGGACAGGGCGAAGCAGCGGAGAAAGCCGCAGCGGCAGCAGCAACGCUGCUGUUGCACAGGGGGGCGGCGAGGGGCCCUGUACGCCGUACGAGCACUUUCCCGGGGGUCGCUACGUGGCAUUCGCGCUGCACCUUCCAGACGCCUGGAGACUGCCGCAGCAGUUCGAGGCAAAGAUAAAAGCCAAGGACACGCACCCCGAGGCCGACAAGGCUGUGGGUCUUGAGUGGGUCAGCCUGAAGCGGCUGCGACAGCUGAGGGACUCCUCGGAGCUGUACCAGGCCUCCACGGGUGCUGUCAUACUGGGUCACCCCUUCACCAUGUCCAUGCUGCGAUCCAGCCCGUCCCGGAGCGUGGGCGUGUUUGACUGGCUGUACUUGUUGCGGGAGCACCUGCGUGCCUGGCAUGCGAGGAAGGAGGGUCCCGCGGCGGCAGCGGGGAGCAAGGAGGAGGUUGUGAAGCGGCAGGAGGGGCCUGGGAAGGGGCGCGGUGGUGGUGGCGAACAGGGGUUGUCGGAGGUCGGUGUUUGGGGGCGGGAAGUGCAGCAGAAGUGGGAGCGGAAGACCGAAGCCGUGGAAGCAACAGCAGCAACAGCAGCAGCAAAAGAGCAGGCGAACGUGGAUGCCUGGACGGUGGCCAGCAGCCCAAGGGGGUUCGAGGCGCAGGCCGGUCAGGGUAAAGGGGCUGCGGUUUCAUUGCCAAGCAAGCCCUCAACCACCGACUCACGGGGGGAGGCGAAGAGUGAGGUGGAGGCGGCGGCAGCAACGGUGAAACAACACCCUCCGCAAUCCCUGGGUGACGUCCUUGCAGCGCAGGCGGCUGCUGCGAGGAGGCAAGGAGCCACGCCGGCAGCUGCGGACGGGGGACGGCAGCGGCAAUACCGACCGCCGCCGCCCAUGCUAAAUGUGCCACCGCCGCCGCCGCCGCAGUCCUCGGGGCUGACAACUCCGUCGCCGCCGACUGUUGAACGAGGGCAGGCGGCGGGUACAAGCAGCAGCGGACGAUGGCCCACACGGCCACCGCCGCCGCAGCGGCCGGGGACGCCGCAGUCGCCGCCGGCUGCUGCGGCUGCUCGGCAAUCACCUCCCGCGCCUUUACUGCAGAACUUGGCAAUGUCACUGGAGUCAAAAGCGGCGCUGAAACAACCCUCCAGGAGCACGCAGGUGAGCCACCAGGAGCGGGGACCGCCCCAGCAGCAACAGCAGCAGCAAAAGCGACAGCAGCAGCAGCAGCAGCAACAGCAGAGGGGUGGGCAGCAGCAGCAGAGGGGUGGGCAGGAGCAGUCCCGGACGCGAGGGCUGGGUCCCCAUGACCCGUUGCGUGGUGAGAGAGAUCAGCAACGGCGGCGGCAGCAGCAGCAGCAAAGGCAGUCGCUGCACACGCUAUCACACGCUACGGCAGAGGCAACCCUGGAGCCCUCCGCAGCCUCUCCUCAGCUGCCGUCCGCGCCGCUGCCGUCCGGCUUGGCAUCUCCGCAUGACAGCGAGCCGCGCUACUAUUACAGGGUGUGGCGCAAGGACGGAAGCUCGGAGUUGCGAGAGGAGCAGCAGCCGCGGCCGGGCAUGACGGUGCUGUCGCGGCAGCCCCAACCCGCCGAGGAGCCCCGAUCGCACCACCCGUCCCCAACGCCACCAUCAUCUCCUCAGUCGCAGUCGCAGCCGCAGCCGCAGACGCUGGUUGGGAUCCAAGGUCUGGAGCCCCCACCUCCCCGUCAUCAGUUGGUGUCAUCAGCACCGCCAGCAGCGCAGCAGCGCCGGUGCAGCGAGUGGCAGCCUCCUGCUCAUCCCCUGCCGGUGCAACCCACCAGCAGCAGCAGCCCUCAGUCAGCUGGUGGUGGUGAUGCCGGCUGGGAGGCGGAGGCUGUCAUCACAAGCAGCACAGCGGUUGGGAGCAGUGCCUCUGGCGCUUCCUUGGACCCUACUGCCACCCCCUCGCCGCCCAUGCCCUCACCCUCACCCGCAACGCCUCCAACUACACCUGCACACGCACAUGCAGCUCAGCAGCAACCGCCGCAGCAGCAUCAAUCGCAGCAGCUUCAAUCGCAGCAGCAUCAAUCGCAGCAGCCGCAGCACCUCCCCCCGCACCAGCUGCACCCACACCCGCCCACAACCAGCACUCCGAGGGACCCGACCGGUACGGACCAGAGCAGCAGCAGCAGCAGCCACAGCCUACACCAGGGCCCUGACCAGGGCCCGCAGGUACCGCCACCACCACCGCCCUUGUCGUAUACUGUGUGGUACCGAGACGGGUCUCCCGUGAGGUUCGAGGGAUGCGGAGUGCGUCGCCCGCAAGCCACGGUGCUCAAGGCCAAUCCUAAUGCGGCUCGCAUGGGCAGGUCAUAGUGAGGAUGAGGAUUGCGUUUUUUCGGAUUUUUUGGCGUUUCCUGCAGGAUGUGCGGAUGAUGCUUAUGCUGUGUGAACAGGACUGGCCGGAGGUGUGUUUCGUGUGUCCCUCGGGAAGAGGGGCGGUUGGUGGGAUCCCGAUGCGGGCGUUGGGGGGUGCCGUGUUGACAGCGGCGGCGUGGCUGGCGCUGUGGCUGUGGCUGGACGGUGUGUUUAGAAAACUGGCCGCGAGUCGGAACGUACUGUGAUUGCCGGACGGUGUCACGGCGCGCAUCUUGUGUGCGUUUCUGAAAGUGAGAGGCGCAAGGCACGUGGGGGGGCAAUGAUAUGCGGGCACGUAGUUAGGGGGCACAUAGAGGGGCAAGGGAUGCGCGCGCAUGGCAGGGGGGCCGUUUGAGUGUACUUGAGUUAUGCAUCCCGGUGUGAGGAGGACUUCCUAGUCGGAUUGGGAGAAGACGUAGGCUUGUGAGCCGCGGUGUGUGUUACGCAGGGCGGGUCGAGCGGAGCGGAACAAGAGGCUGCGUGCGGAUUGCUGAGGGGUAUCAUGACCUGGGUAGACAAGGGCCAGGAAGUGAGGCAUGUCGCUGCUAUUUGGGCCCUGGUACCCCGCCUUUAUUGAGACUGAGACGUGUACAGAGACUGUAUCGCUAUUGUUACAGGUGUUGUUACUGUUACAAGAGCUGUUACUGUUACAAACAGGAAUGAGGGUGAAACCGAACCACCACAGCAGCACAGGUGCCAUCUGCGCCUCCUGGGGAGAACAUUUGCCAUGGACCAGACUCGGACGUAGUUGUCACCACACCACCACAAUGCCCCUCUGCGCAACACGGCGCGCAAUCCUGCCUACGCAAUGUCACCACAUC